CGGGGUUAUCUGUCACUAUCACGCCUCGCACCAUCUAACCUCACAGCUAAUGUCCUAAUGCGAUGAACGGGGAGUUUAAUGACCAUGGCUAACCUUCGGAUUUCGGUAGCCGUGGUGGUUGUCCAGGUCGUCCUGUACGGAACCUGUGAGGCUCUGCGCUGUAACUGCUCCACUGCCCAGUGUGAGAAGACUGGCUUCCAGUGCGAGACCGAUGGCGCCUGCAUGGCCUCCACCUCCUUCAUCGGUGGCCAAGAGAAGCACUUCCGUCACUGCAUCCCACGAGCCAACCUUGUGCCGCCUGGACAACCGUUUUACUGCCUCAGUGCAAAGGGCUUCCUCAACAACCACUGCUGCUACACUGACUACUGCAACAACAUUGACCUCAAAGUACCCUCAGGUCUCGGAGUUGGAUACGACCCAAGUUGCUCGUGGGGGCCGGUGGAACUAGUUGCUGUGAUAGCAGGGCCGUUGUUUCUGUUGUGUCUUCUGCUGCUGAUGGGCGCAUUCCUAUACCAGUACCACCAGAGGGCCUACAGCCACAGGCAGAGGUUAGAGGUGGAGGACCCCUCGUGUGACCAACUCUACAUGACCAAAGACAGGACUCUGCAGGACCUCAUCUACGAUCUGUCCACGUCUGGUUCAGGCUCCGGCCUGCCUUUGUUUGUCCAGCGGACCGUGGCCAGAACAAUAGUCCUCCAAGAGAUCAUUGGCAAAGGGCGUUUUGGGGAGGUGUGGCGAGGGCGUUGGCGAGGUGGUGACGUGGCGGUGAAGAUCUUCUCGUCCAGAGAGGAGCGCUCCUGGUUCCGUGAGGCGGAAAUCUAUCAGACUAUCAUGCUCCGCCAUGAAAACAUCCUAGGCUUCAUAGCUGCCGACAACAAAGACAACGGCACGUGGACCCAGCUGUGGUUGGUGUCGGACUACCACGAGCACGGCUCUCUGUUUGACUACCUGAAUCGCUACUCCGUCAAUAUCGAAGGAAUGAUCAAACUGGCUCUGUCAGCUGCCAGCGGUCUGGCACAUCUGCACAUGGAGAUUCUAGGAACACAAGGAAAACCGGGCAUUGCCCACAGAGACCUGAAGUCCAAGAACAUCCUCGUGAAGAAGAACUGCACCUGCGCCAUCGCUGACCUCGGCUUGGCCGUCCGUCACGACUCGGCCACAGACACCAUCGACAUUGCGCCUAAUCAGAGGGUGGGCACCAAGAGGUAUAUGGCUCCGGAGGUUCUGGACGAGACCAUCAAUAUGAGACACUUUGACUCAUUCAAAUGUGCUGAUAUCUAUGCCUUGGGCCUAGUCUACUGGGAGAUUACUCGCCGCUGUAAUAGUGGAGGUAUCCAUGAAGAGUACCAACUGCCCUACUACGACCUGGUACCUUCUGAUCCCACCAUAGAGGAGAUGAGAAAGCUGGUGUGUGACCAAAAGUUACGACCCAACGUCCCUAAUUGGUGGCAGAGCCAUGAGGCCUUGCGGGUGAUGGGCAAAAUCAUGAGGGAGUGUUGGUAUGCUAAUGGCGUAGCUCGCCUGACGGCCCUGCGCAUCAAGAAGAGCCUCUCCCAGCUCAGCAUCCAAGAGGACCUGAAAGUCUGAGAAAGCAGGACCAGACUCUGGACUGUGUGACAUUGAGAAGAGGAAGAAGACAAAGAAGGGGCUGGGCCCUCUAUAUAGAACGCACAAAGUAGGAGAACGGGACGGAGAUUAGCACUUUGUAAAAUAUUUUUUUUAGUUUUGAAGCCACUUGAUUUCUUACAACCCCUACCUCGCUUUCCCAGCCAAACUACCAGGAACACCUUUCCUGUGUUAUGCUCAGCUACUGCUGCCCCUUUUGUUCCUUUCCACACUCCGCACUAAGGAGGAUCUGAGGAUUUCCUGCGUACUUGUAUGCAAGCGGUGGCAGGAUGUGUAAUUAACAUUUUUGAAGAGCAGUUCCUUAUAUUUCCUCACGGUCUUUUCGAUCACAGUCCCUUCAGAGUUAACAAAUAGUAUUUGCUGUUUUAGUCUUUGACAAGCUGGGAGGUUUUGGAGGAUUUUAAACAUAUAUUUUUAUCAUUCUGGUAUUUAAUAACUAGAUCUUGUUAUUAAUAUUUGGGUGUGAAGCUAUUGUGCAGAUUUCUAUUUGCCACCUAAAGCAUUCAGGCACAUUACAAACUGCUCAUAGAGAAUAAUCCAUCUGGUUCUGCUACCACUGUGUCGUUUAGUGGUCUGCUGAUUACUUUGUAAGCAUGUACAAAGCAGCUGAGACACCAUUUACUUUAUAACGAGGUGUUUUUAAGACUUCAAAGUCACCAGUUCUUUUUAGGGCAACUUGCCCAACACGAUUUAGCCUUUGGACCACUGCCUGGAGCCCUUCCUGUAAGCUGUUGUACACCUCAGGUUUUCCUCAUGCUUACCAAUCAACCAUUGAAAACACGUGAACUGAAUGUGAAGAAUAUUUAAAUGGUGUUUAAAUCAUCUCUGGAUCCACAUACAGACCGUAACCUGCCACGAGGGUAAAUGUUGCUGCCUGCCCUCAGAUAAGCCCACAUUCAGAUAGUCGUAUUUACACUGUACUUUAAUAAGGGACAAUACUUCUAUUUUUUUAUUUUGAGUCCCUUUUUAAACACACUAACCCAGGAAUAUGAAUUACAGUUGGUUGACGAAGCAUGACCAAUGUUCCUUUCACCUCGGGGCACAACUACUGCACAUAUACUGGCUUUUUAAGGUAUAAAACUUGUAGAUCUGACAUUACAUUUGGUUUUAAGUUGAGACUUGGUUCAUGUUCUAGAUAGAUUGUAUCUUUUAUAUCAUCUUUUGGUUUGGUGGAAAGAAUUAUCUUUUGAUUUG